GUCUGCCUCUCUGCUCCAUAACAACAAAAAUAUUACUUUCGAAAUUCACUGUCACAGUGAGUAAUCAAGUAAAAUUGUAUUUCCCGCCAGUUGGCCGUUAUUGCUCCCGGGAAAUCCCAGUCUUACAGAAGAUAAUGACUCGUUGUUUUCGUCAUGGUCACUGUUCGAAAUGUAACAAUCCGGUUGUACACUCCCGGUAACCGUAUACUUCCCCUGCUCUAAGUCCCCCCUCCCUGACGAUUUUGUCACUUUGGUAGAGGCUGUUUUGCCUUUUUUUUCACGCCGAGCGGAGCAAGAUGGCGGCUGUACUGCCGAGGACGAGGUGUAGUAGCCGCUCGGCAUGAACAUUUAUUUUUGAAAUAAAUUUAUUAAAACCAGACGGAAAUAUUUGAACGUCGGACUACAAGGGUCGUGUACUACUUCACUCCAUUACAAUAAUCGCCAUUUUUUAUAUUGUGUUAAGAAUUUUCUUUCUGACAACAUGAUCACAUUGUAGUAGCUAGCUCACUAAACUAGCAAGCAUAGCCAGCCUACCACCGUAGCAAACGCAGGAGAAAGUGUAGAAUGGGAGAAAAGCUAGAACUCAAGCUGAAGUCGCCGGUUGGAGCAGAAGCUGCUGGUUAUCCGUGGCCGUUACCAGUAUACGACAAACACCACGAUGCUGCUCAUGAAAUGAUUGAGACCAUUCGGUGGGUGUGUGAGGAGAUCCCAGACCUUAAGCUGGCCAUGGAGAACUAUGUCCUCAUCGACUACGACACCAAGAGCUUCGAGAGUAUGCAGAGACUUUGUGACAAAUACAAUAGAGCCAUUGACAGCAUCCACCAGCUGUGGAAAGGCACAACUCCGCCCCUGAAGUUGAACAAGCGGCCGUCCAAUGGGCUGCUCAGACACAUCCUGCAGCAGGUGUACAACCACUCGGUCACGGACCCCGAGAAGCUCAACAACUAUGAGCCCUUCUCCCCUGAGGUGUACGGCGAGACCUCCUUCGACCUGGUGGCCCAGAUCAUCAACGAGAUGGAGAUGAUGGAGGAUGACACCUUCGUAGACCUCGGCAGCGGGGUGGGACAAGUGGUGCUGCAGGUUGCCGCAGCAACGAACUGUAAACACUACUUUGGUGUGGAGAAGGCAGACAUUCCAGCCACUUAUGCUGAGUCUAUGGAUAAAGAAUUUAAGAGGUGGAUGAAGUGGUAUGGGAAGAAGCACGGGGACUACACGCUGGAGAGGGGGGAUUUCCUGUCUGAAGUGUGGAAGGACAGGAUCGCCAACACAAGCAGUGUUAUUUUUGUGAACAACUUUGCCUUUGGUCCAGAAGUGGAUCACCAGCUAAAGGAGCGCUUUGCUAACAUGAAGGAAGGUGCGAAAAUUGUAUCAUCAAAACCUUUUGCACCUCUAAAUUUUAGAAUCAACAGUCGAAACUUGAGUGACAUUGGCACAAUAAUGAGAGUCGUUGAGCUGUCUCCGUUGAGGGGUUCAGUGUCCUGGACAGGGAAGCCAGUUUCCUACUACCUUCAUACAAUAGACCGCACCAUACUUGAAAACUAUUUUCAUAGUCUCAAAAAUCCUAAACUCAGGGAGGAGCAAGAAGCAGCUAGGCGUCGACAAGAAAAGAAUAGUAAAGACAGUAAAAACACCACCCCAACCAAGGCAAAGGAGCACAAGGAUUCCUGCGGGGAGGAUGAGCAACCGAAGCUAUUGGCAGUCGUGAAGGCGUCACCCAAACCCCGCCGCGCCAAACUCCUCAGCAAAGGCCGCAAGCUGAGCGCUCGGAAGCGCGGGCGUCCCAAGAAGGCUGCCGUGACUGCAGCCGAACGCAAGAGCAAGAAGAGCCAGAGUGCCCUGGAGCUGCUGCACGCCAAGACCAUCUCUGCAGCACCCCCUCAGGAUGCAUACAGGUCACCUCAAAGUCCCCUCUACCAGCUACCUCCCAAAGUUCAGCACUAUGCGUCUGGGCAACUGCUGCUGGGCCCCACUCCUCCUGGCCUACAACAGCUUCUAGACAACAUUAAAGUCCAGUACCUCCAGUUCAUGACCUACAUGAAGACACCUCAGUACCACAAUCACCUGCAGCAAGUCCUGGAGCAGGAGAAGCUAAAACACAGAGAGCUCUCUGGGCAGGCGGAGCAGCUGCAGACUGUGUGUCAGACCCACAAAGAGAAGAUCAAAGGCCUCUUCCACACCAAACUGGAUGAGCUGGGAGUGAAGGCCCUAACUGUGGAGGACCUGCUGCAGGCCCAGAAGGAGAUCUCAGCCCACAACCAUCAGCUGAAGGAGCAGACCAAGCAGCUGGAGAGAGACAUGAUCGAGCUGAGGGACCACAGCCUGCUCCUGUUGAAGUCUCGGUGUGAAGAGCUGAAGCUGGACUGGAGCUCUCUGUGUCUUGAGAGCCUGCUGAAGGAGAAGCAGGCCCUACGCAGACAGAUCUCUGAAAAACAGCGGCACUGUCUCGAGCUACAGAUCAGCAUCGUGGAGCUGGAGAAGAGUCAGAGACAACAGGAGCUGCUCCAGCUCAAGUCCUACAGUCCCUGUGAGGAUUCCCCUUACCGUAAGGGCCUCCCUACCCUGGACCACGACACCCCCAAACUGAGCCUGGUCGUGGCCGGCCUCAGCCCCGAACUGUCCAUCAACAGCACCGCCUCGCCCUGCUUCGACAGGAGGGCCACCAAGGGAGAGCUCCUCUCCCGCUACCUGCCCAUCUCGCCUGACCACGAGAUUGUGCCCCCCACCCCGGACGCCCGGCACAGGCAGCUGGGUCACCCCCUCCCUGACUACACCCGCUUCUCCCCAGCCAAGAUCGCCCUGCGCAGACACCUGAACCAGGACUCUAGUACUGCACACUUCAGAGGCUUGGGCUUCACUGGUCUCAGGGGGGAUAUGGGCGCCAUCACCUCUCCACUAGGCGCUAAACUGAGCUGCCUGUCUCCCAACUCAUCAGACAGUCAGCAGAACAACAUACUCAGGAGUGCUGAGAGGGGGGGUAAGGAGAAGAGUCCAGCAGGGGGUCCGGGUGAAGCCAUCACCAGCCUGCCCAUCAGUAUCCCCCUCAGCACAGUGCACCCCAGCAAACUCCCCGUUAGCAUCCCCCUGGCCAGUGUGGUGCUGCCCAGCCGAGCAGAGAGACAGAGGAGCACACCGAGUCCUGUGUCCCAGACAGGCCAGACCAACGGGUACUCCUCUAGCUUAGGGCUGAUGAACGGAGGCUCUCACUCUGAGGAACAGGACGGGGCUGCCCCCUCCCCUCCCCCUCAUGGUGCCCCUCCAAUGGGACCAACACAAGGCCACACCCCCCCCCUCAGCACCGGAGGGGUCCUCCAGUAUGCCGACGGCACCCCCAGAAUCCUCCCUGAGGACAGGGCCGAGCGCCAGGGCGAGUCUGACUCUGAGCCCCAGGACAGCGAGUCCAGACGCCGCAUGUUCCUCUCUUCUUCUUCUUCUUCAUCGUCUUCCUCCUCCUCUGGGGGCGCCGCUUCUCGCCUCCGCCUCGGCUCGGCCAGACAGAGCCAGCAUCACCUAGGUAGCCACAGUAACCACAACAACCACCACCACUCGCCGGGCUCCCAACACACAAACUCUCACGGCCAUGGGUCUCAGGAGGAACGCAAGCGUGGGAGGAGGAAGCGAAGCUCAACGGGGGCUCAACCUGCCAGUGGCUCCCCAAAGAGGAAGUCCUUUCCUGGGCUCAGCUCCACCAAUCACCCAUCAGGAUCCCCACUCAACAUCAACUCCAUGGUGAACAACAUUAACCAGCCUCUGGAGAUCGCUGCCAUCUCUUCCCCGGAGCAGUCUGGAUGUAGCCCCUGUGGUCCAGACAUGGACCAGCCCCCUGUAUUGAAGCGAGAACGCCCUCUGGAGAUGAAUGGCUCAGGAUGCUACUCCUCCGCACCAAGCUCUGAUGACGACUCUGGCUACCCCGCGGACAGCUCCAGCUCAAGAAUUGAAAGGAAGAUUGCCACUAUUUCCUUGGAGAGCAGAGAUGGACCAGGCAGACCAGGGGACAGGGAGCGCGGAAGGAAGUCAGGAGGCAGCAGCAGUAACAGCACAGGAAGUGAGGUCUCCUCUUCAUCUUCCUCCUCAUCCAACAGCAAGUGGAAAUCCACCUUCUCCCCCAUCUCCGACCUCAAGCAGCCCCUGUCCGAGGUGAGGCAGGGGGGCUCCCCCUUUGGCACAGGGAGAGAGCCGCGGGGCACGGGUACGGACUCAGACUCUGAUCACAAACCGCAGCAGCAGAGGAGGGGGUGCGAGGGGGCCGGGGGCGAGCCCUCAGGGUUUCAGGACAUCCCCCUUAACCCCUUCCUUAGCCAGGAGUCUGGGGGCCGGUCGGGGGCAGGGGCCCAGGGAGGAAGCAGCUCUGAGAGGCAGGCCAUGCCCAAACAGAAGCCCCGGGGUGAGUGGGAGCUGAAGACAUCCAGCAGCAUGGGCAACAGCCAGAAUCUCUUCAUCUCUGCAGCUGUCAGCGGGGGUAUCCUGAGCGGCAAGGUAGGGGGCAUCCCCGUAUCUUCAGCCUCAGGGGCCUCUGUUGGACAUUACCUGGGGGCCCAGUUCCCCCUUGGGGGCGCCUCUGUCCUCCAGUCCCUGUUCGGAACCCAGCCGUCCGGAACCUCUGUGAGCGGGUCCCCGCGCCUGGUCAACGGACACUCUUCCCUGGGGAGCUUCUCCAGCGCUGGGCUGGCAGGUGAGGCAUCCACAGACAUGUUUCACCACGUGGUGCCCUCAGUGUCCUCCCAUCAUUUUGGGGCUGCGCUGCCAGCCUCAGGAGGCCUCAGCUCUCUGCUCAGUCUCUCCUCCUCCCAGCAGCACCAACAUCCUGCCCCCCAGUCAGGCUCCUCCUUCCUGGCCUCUGUAUUCUCCUCCCUCCCCCUCUCCCAUUCCCAGCACAGCCGCACCCAAACAGUGCUGCACACCCCUCCACCCCCCACGCUCUCCCUGCCCCCUCCACCACCACAUAUCAACGUCUCCUCCUCCUCAGUCUCGUCCUCUGACCCCAGUCCCUCGUCUCGCUCUGAGGCCUUCCCCUCUUCUCUCCAGCAACAGAGAGUACAGUCCUCCUCUAUCUCGGUCUCCUCCUCUGCUUCUGUCUCCCCCUCUUCUUCACCUUCCUCUCGUAGCUUCACAGUGCACUACCCCCCUCAUCUGCCCCCUCCAACCCAGACCAGUAGCUCAGGAGGUGGGGUCAGCAUGUGGAGGACUCUGGGCUUGCCUACAUCCUACACGUCGUCCUCUCAGCACCCUGGCUCCCGGCCUAGAUAGGGCAUAGGGUGAG